UGAUCUGUCAACACGAACAGUUGUUGACUACCGAUUUUCAUCAUUAAACAAAGUUGUACGUAUGAAACAGAAUUGAAUUGUCGGGUGCGAUAUUCCCGAAAGACGUCUUGCUUUGGUGCUUCAGUUCAGCAAAGUCACACAAUGCAAAUCGAAUUGCUCCCGCUGAUCAUCUCAAUCAUCCCCUUCGUUUGGGCUGCAACUUUGGACGUAAUUCCGGACAUCACUCUACAACGAAUCGUGCAGCCCACGGGAUUCGGUAUUAUGAAGACGAACCUGCGAGUCGCCAAGUACAACCGGACCUGCGCAGUUCUGAACGGUACGAUCGACACCCUCGUUACUUUUGACAACACUUUUACGUUCCAGAUGAAGACGGCUUACAGCCGCAUCGGCAACAACCAGUUCAACGAGUAUCCGAUGAAGCUGGCCGAGCAACCGUUCUGCCAUUUUAUGAACGAGUCCUAUCGCACCUUCCAGGAUAAACUGCGGGAUAGCACCAACUUGCCGCAGGUUGGUCCGGAAGGGAUUUGUUCCAUCCCGGCCGGUCAUUACUGGUUCAAACACUUGAGGCAUACGCUGGACAAUAUACCGUCGGUGGUUCCCGAGGGCUAUUGGCGGUUGACGUUUCUGAUGAGUGGGCCGGUUGAGGUAUCGGAGAUUCAGGUGUAUGUGAUUCUUUCCAGAGGGACGUUUGGGAAGUAA